CAGGCCCGAGAAGCCAUGUUGCAGAUCACUGAGUGGCGAUUCCUUGCAAGGGAUGAGGGUGAGACAGAUGUGGCUGAAGACCCCACAUGGGGGGAGGAUGAGGAGCCUAGGGCCAGCACCACAGACACCUGGGCUCAAGGCUCCGUGCCUGUGCUGCAUGCACCUUCCCCUGCUAUCCCCCCAGGACUCGAACCCUCCUCCCAACCUGAGGGCACUGAGUAUGAGGACCAGCUCCCCUUGCAUCAGAAGACUUGGAUCUCAGUCCCCGAGGAUCAGAGCUUGUCUUUCUGGGAACCUCCUGAGUUGAGGCCCACCCCAGGUCCCCCCCCAACACCAGAACCUUCUUCACAAAGCCCCCAACACUUUGUCUUGCCCCACCCCUAUCUAGAUUCAGCCCCUGUCCUGAGCAGGUAUCCCUCUCUGGAUCUUUCUAUAUGGGAUGGUUCCCAGUUUUCUUUGGAAAUGGCCACUCCAGUGAGCCCCCACUCUUCUAUAUCUAUGUCCUUGUGGGGAAGUGCUCAGGCACCCCUAACUUCCCAGCCUAGUUAUAUUCCAUCUCUUUCACAGAGCCCCCAACUCUGUUUCCAUCGAAGUGGGGGUGGGGACAGCUCAAGCCAAGUGAAGGAGAUAGGUUUACCUUCCCCCUACUAUCUGUCAGUGCCUCUUCCUCCAUUCCUAGCUAGUCCUCCCUGGGGCCUCCCAAGAGCCCAGCCUGUCCCAGCCCCCAUACCUUCACUAACUCCCUCAUUGCUACCUGCUGCUUCUGCCAAGUUCAUUCGCUUACAGCAGGGGCGGUCAUACCUAGCAUCAGGUCUGGUGUAUGAUAAGAUGGGACGAAUUAUAGCCAUGGAUCCACUGGAUCCUACCCGUCUGCCCCAGCACCAAAUUCAGCCUCUGACCAAAGUUGUGGUCCCUGAGGCAGAGGUCCACCCACUGGAGUCCUACAGGGAACAAAGGAAGCAUGUAAAAUAUGGGACCAGGUUCAAAUUCCAGCUGCCUGGCCGCCGCCACCCUAUACCCCACUUCCAUCGUGGUUUUCCUUUCCCCAGCCCAGGGCUUCCCUUCCCAGCCCCUGGCUUUGAGCUAUCCCUCCAGAACCAGCGCUUCACUCCUCUGAAGCGGUGGUCUAGCAUCCAGUGGCCUUGUGGAUUAGAGGGGGAAACAGAUCUGUUGCGGAUGCAGCCACUGGGUUCAAGUCUGAUUCCAGGGAUGGGGUCAGGACAGAUGCCAAGGUCUGAUCUGAGUAUGCUUCCUCACCAUGGUCCAAGAGUCCUUCAAGCCACCUCCCAGCUGAUGUGGAAACCUUCUCCACUGCUGGAUUCAAUGAAAUUGAAGCCUCAUGUGAGCCUCUGGAGUCCAAGCAAAAACACACAUCGAAGUGGUUGUAUUCCUUCCCACAUGGAGAGAGAGCAGAUCCCUGGUCCACUGCCUAAGGAGCCUUCUGAGCAGAGACCUAUCCAGACCCAUGCACUAAACCCUCAGGUCACUGUGGCUCAGCUGCUGAGGGGUUCCCCACCCAAAGUUCGGGCCCUUCCCUCUCAGGACACCCUUAGCACCACUCUCCCUGAGGAGCCCUGAAUGAAGAAAGGCUGUGAGUCCUACCAUGACAUUACAACCCUACCCAGCAUCACCCUGAAACCCAAAUCCCACUAUAAUAAAUACUUGUGGGGUUCUAAAUGUUAGGCUGAUAUAUCCCAGAACACUAUCCCAAUAAUCCCCCCAAAAAGAGGAUCACUCUUUCAUGUUCAAAGGCCCUCUAACAAAGACAUUUUUCCCUACUCCCUGA